AGAUCCUCCAAUCUUCAUCCACUAUGGCUUAUAAGAAGUUACAAAACUCAGCGGCGUUGCCUCCGUUGCCCAAGUUGCGGGUGAGAAAACCCUUCUUGAACAAGUCCAACAAUCAGUGUUUGGUGAUGAUGUCGACUCUUUUAAACUGUUGGGCUGCUAAUGGUGAAGGUUCGUCGCCGUGCUUGGAAGCUGAGACCGAUUUGAAAAAGUGUAUGGAAACCUUCAAGCCCGAGAAGAAGCAAUUAUCGUCCAUCAACUACCAUGCCUCCAGAUUGUACCCCAAGUUGAGAGGUAACACGAACGAUUAGGGUUCAUGAACAGCAAAUACCUUUUCCAUUUCAAUAGCAACAGGUGUACGAGUCGCUGCGGCCGGUUUGAAAGCGGCUCGACUAUGCUCAUAGAGGUAACCUGACCAACAAACACAGAUAUUUCCAUGUCUCUGUCCAUAAUACUGUAAAUAGUUAACGAUAAUAUCUUUUGUGAUGCUUGUAGCGGGCUAAAACACCUCAAAGUCUCUUGGAAUGAGUUCCCUAAGCUACCACAUACGAACUAGGGAUCUUUGUAGUACUUGGAGUCACCUAAUUAAUGUGUAUUUAUACUGUUUGCAACUAACGUGAUUUCAGAUUGCAUUGCC